UGGCAGUACUAUGAACGCCAUUUAGCUUGGUUUAAAAGCAUCAUUCAAUUGUCGGAGGUGUCGGUGUUUGCAGAUAAAAAAAAAUCUGAAAAAAGUGAAAAUACGACGCUCUGUUCGAAACCAAAUAAACAAUCAUGUCGAAGAAAAUGUCUCGCUACCCCAACGACUGUAAAGUCUACGUUGGUGAACUCGGUAACAGUGCCAGGAAAAACGAUUUGGAGGAUUCAUUCAGCUAUUACGGGCCGCUACGCAACGUAUGGAUUGCUCGUAAUCCACCUGGUUUCGCUUUUGUCGAAUUCGAGGAUGCAAGGGAUGCUGAAGACGCGGUGAGAGGACUAGAUGGUCGUACCAUAUGUGGACGACGCGCUCGUGUUGAAUUAUCGAAUGGAAAGUCUGGCAGAGGUUUUCGAGGACCGCCGAGCCGCAGUCGUGGUCGGCCAUUCGAUCCGUCUGAUAGAUGUUACGAGUGUGGAGACCGUGGUCACUAUGCCAGAGAUUGUCGUAAGCAAGGAAGAAGUCGUCGUCGCUCUCAUUCGCGUAGCCGUAGCCGUUCACGCAGCCAUCGAACGCGCUCUCACACUGGAUCUCGUAGCCGUUCCCGAUCCCGACGAUCACGAUCCCGUGAAAAUUCACGCGAUUCACGCAACGGUCACGAUCAUUCCAAGUCACCGCAGCCGCGUUCCGUUCCACGACGAUCGAACAGCCAUGGCGGCAGUAAAACACCGAAACGUUCGCACAGCCAUUCGAAGAGUCGUUCUCUGUCGAGAAAUGGCGGGGAUUGAAGGAUUUUUUUGCAAUGAAUUUUUCCUUUGAAUUGGAUAUGUGUGUGCGGGACGGGAAAGGCAUUGUUCGAGUUUGUCGAACGAAGCUUUUAAUUAUAAUAAUUGGAGUAAGUUACAAUGAUUUUCAUCUCACAAUAAUUUGACCUGAAAAAUCAUCACCCAACUAAUUACGUUAACAGACUUUUUUCAAAGAUUUUUUUUUGAGAAUCUCAAAGGAUUUAACUUAAUCGAGCAAAGUUUUUUUUAUUAUUAAACUCUCCUUCUAAUUGUAAAUUCAUUUGAAUUUAAAAUUGAAAUUUUUGGCUUAAUAUUAUAAAUGUGACUAUGUGCGAGAUGAUUUUUAACUUUUGUUUAAAAAUAAACGAAAAAUUUUGCCUCA